AUGUCCGAAGAGUUUCCGAUCGAGUUGCAGUUCGGAAAGACGUUGCGAACCAUCUUCUACUCUCAAUUCUUCUGUCCACCGCCGUAUCCAAGCCAAUCCUUUGCAAAUCAAACCGUUAUCGUCACUGGAUCUAAUGUCGGUCUAGGGUUUGAAGCAGCACGCCACUUUUACAGGCUGAACUGCACGAAAUUGAUUCUGGCAGUCCGAACUGUUGCAAAGGGGCAGACUGCAAAAGAAGACAUCGUCCGAAGUGUCAAGCAUCGCACUGAUGCCGACGCAAUCGAAGUCUGGAGUCUGGACCUCACCAGUACAAAAUCCACCCUCGCUUUUGCUGAACGUGUCAAGAAAGAGCUCACUCGAGUUGACGUGCUGGUUGAGAAUGCUGGAAUCAUCUCACAUAAAUGGACUCUCUGUGAAGGAUUCGAGCAGGGAAUCCAAGUCAACGUCAUCAAUACCCUUUUGCUUGGGAUGUCACUUUUGCCGAAGUUGAGAGAGACCAAGGACAGAUUUGCAGAUUCAUACCCUCAUUUGGUGAUUGUGACUUCCGAGGCUCUUCGAUUCACCAAAUUCAAGCAGAUCAAUGAUCCGGAUAUCUAUCAAAGUUUGAACGACGAAAGCAGGUUUGAUGGGUUUGACGGAUACUGCAUCAGCAAGCUCAUAGAAGUACUGUUCAUUCGCGAACUCGUGAACCAGCUCGAUCCCAGCCAAUCUUCCACACCACCGGUAAUCAUCGACCUGGUCAAUCCCGGUAUGAGCUACUCUUCUUUCGCGCGCGAUGCAAGCCUCCCGGUCAGAAUAGUCGACAGGAUCGUACACUGGAUCGCUGCACGCUCAACGGAGGUUGGCUCUCGGACUCUUGUGCAUGGUGCUAGCGCUCAGCCGGAUUCGCAUGGAGAGUAUAUGAGCGACGGCCAGAACCAGGCUGUAGAGAAAUGGAUUUACGGAGAGGUCGGUAGUCGAGCGCAAAGAAAGGUGUUUGAGCAGACUAUGAAGGUGUUAGAGACGAGAAAUCCUGGAAUUGGAAAGGCAGCUGGGCUUUGA